AUGGCUGAUAAGUGUCAUUUGUGUCUGCUGGGACUGAUCAUUCUCUCUUCACUUCUCACAGGUACCAGUGGAGUGGAUGAUGUGUUCAUCAAUUCUGGUGAAAAUGUCCGUCUGCCCUGUAAUAAUGCUCUUCAUGGCUGCAAAUCAACUACAUGGAUCUAUAACAGUCAUUCAGCAACAGCUGAACUGAUCAAUUUAGGAGUAAAGAAGAAAGACAUCGAGAGACAUGAGAGACUGAGUCUGGGGUCUGACUGCUCUCUGAACAUCAACAACGUCAUAAAAGAAGAUUAUGGAUUUUACAACUGCCGACAAUAUGUGAAUGACAAACAACAAGGAGCUGAUGCACAUGUUUAUCUGCAUGUUCUUCAUGUCUCUUCAUCAUCCUCACAGACUGAGAUCAGUGCAGGCAGCUCUGUGACUCUCUACUGUCAGUUGUAUUCAUAUACUGGAGUCUCUUGCGAUGAUUGGAUCCGUUCUGAGGGAAUUCAGCUGUUCUGGGUGAAUCAGGCUGGUGUUAAACUGACAAUAUCAGACUCCAGAUAUCAGAUAUCAGCUCCAGGACACUGUAUCAUCACUGUGACUACAACACUCCUGAAUGAAGAUGACAACAGAGAGUGGAGAUGUGAAGUUACUCACAGAAAUCAAGUCAAGACCUCAGUCACAUAUACUGUCAAGAGUUCAGCUCAAGCUGAUUCAGUGACAGCAGUGAUUCCAGUCCACAUCACAAAAUCAACUACAACAACAGCAGUAACUUCUACACGAGCUCCAGUCACUUCAACACUGAUUCCAGUCAGCAGAUCAAACUCUGAGACGACUUCAAGACAAACUACAGCAGCAGCUCCUGCACAAGAUCCAGCACAAACUGAAGACAGUAGGACUAUUGGAUCAAUAGUCAGAGUGAUUGUGAUUAUUGUUGAGUUUGCAGUGUUUGCUGCUCCUACUGUGAUUCUUCUUCAGAUCAUCUGUGCAAGAAGAGCUGGGAGGAAGGACUCACAACACCAAGAUGAAAUAGUGAUGAAUACAAUAUUAUAAUAAAAUAUUCUCUACAAAUAAAAGGC